AGAGACCGGACUCCACAAUGAGUGAAACAAUGAAACCCCAGCAACAUGUGACUUCCGAGCUGAUCUUUGCCAUCUCGGUGGCCACCAUCGGCUCCUUCCAGUUUGGCUACAACACGGGCGUCAUCAAUGCUCCCGAGAUGAUCAUCAAGAUGUUUCUGAAUGAGACUCUGACAGAUAAGCAGGGCACGCCGCCCAGCGAGGUGCUGAUCACCAGCCUCUGGUCGGUGUCUGUGGCCAUCUUCUCCAUCGGCGGCAUGAUCGGCUCCUUCUCCGUCGGACUCUUUGUCAACCGCUUUGGCAGGCGCAAUUCGAUGCUCAUUGUCAACAUUUUUGCUGUCGUUGGCGGCUGCCUCAUGGGGUUCUGCAAACUGGGAAAGUCGGUCGAAAUGCUGAUCAUAGGUCGCCUGGUCAUCGGCUUCUUCUGUGGGCUCUGCACGGGUUUCGUCCCCAUGUACAUUGGGGAGGUCUCCCCGACUGCCCAGCGGGGGGCCUUCGGCACCCUCAACCAGCUGGGUAUUGUCGUGGGCAUCCUGGUGGCCCAGAUCUUUGGUCUGAAGUACAUCAUGGGGAGCGAGAAGUUAUGGCCCAUGCUGCUGGCCUUCACCAUCAUUCCCGCGGUCAUCCAAGGCAUCGCCCUUCCGUUUUGCCCCGAAAGUCCAAGGUUCUUGCUCAUUAACAAAAAGGAAGAGGAUCAGGCGACCAAGAUCCUCCAGCGCCUGUGGGGCACCGACGACGUGAGCCAGGACAUCCAGGAGAUGAAGGAAGAGAGUGUCCGGAUGUCGCAGGAGAAGCGUCCCACCGUGCUGGAGCUGUUCCGGUCCCCCAGCUACCGGCAGCCCAUCCUGAUCGCCAUCAUGCUGCAGCUCUCCCAGCAGCUCUCGGGCAUCAACGCUGUAUUCUAUUACUCAACAGGAAUCUUCAAGGAUGCCGGAGUGCAGGAGCCCAUCUACGCCACCAUUGGUGCCGGUGUGGUCAACACUAUCUUCACCGUCGUUUCACUAUUUCUGGUGGAACGCAUGGGGCGCCGGACACUGCAUCUCUUGGGCCUGGCGGGGAUGGCCGGCUGCUCCAUCCUCAUGACGGUUUCCUUGUUGAUGAAGGCCGAUCAUCACUGGAUGAGCAUCGUCUGCAUUGUGGCUAUCUUGGUCUUCGUGGCCUUCUUUGAAAUUGGCCCGGGGCCCAUCCCCUGGUUCAUCGUGGCCGAGCUCUUCAGCCAGGGCCCCCGGCCGGCGGCCAUGGCCGUGGCUGGCUGCUCCAACUGGACCUCCAACUUCCUGGUGGGCCUGCUCUUCCCUUCGGCCGCAUUCUACUUAGGAGCCUACGUGUUCAUCGUCUUCACCGUGUUCCUCCUGAUCUUCUUCGUCUUCACCUUCUUCAAAGUCCCCGAGACCCGGGGCAGGACUUUCGAGGAGAUCACCCGGGCCUUCGAGAACGGGGGGGCCCUACGUGAGAAGAGCUCCUCUGUGCCCAUGAACAGCCUUGCCCAGAUCAACACGCCCAGCAACACAGCCACCGUGGGAGGCGUUGAAGGGGAAGGCGCAGGCGAAGGGGAAGGGGAAGGGGAAGGGGAAGGGGAAGCGGUCUAA